AUAAGAGAAAUAUAACCUGCAUUCAUUUUACAAUUGUUUAUAGCUGUAUUUUAGAGGAGAAAACAAUCUCCUUUCUAAUUUUUCUCAUUGUAUCUACAGUGUAAAAAAGUGUGAGGUUUGGCACACUAUGUUGUCAGGUGAGAGUAUUUGGAUUUUUGUAAUGCUUUGGGUAACCCCGAGCCUAUCUGCUCGGGAGUCCCAGCCUAGUGAGUACGACUAUGUAAGUUUCCAGCCAGAGAUGAGACGACAAUACCAGAGUGGACGAUUUUACUCUCGACCGGCACAAUGUGUGGAUAUUCCCCAGGACCUGGCAUUGUGCCAUGGAGUCGGAUACAACAAGAUGGUACUGCCCAACCUUCUGGACCAUGAGACUAUGGUAGAGGUGAAAUACCAGGCUAGUAGCUGGGUGCCCUUACUCAGCAAGAACUGCCAUCCAGGCACCCAAGUGUUCCUGUGCUCUCUGUUUGCUCCUGUUUGCUUGGACCGGCCCAUAUACCCAUGUCGCUGGCUUUGCGAAGCGGUCAGAGACGGUUGUGAACCAGUCAUGCAGUAUUUUGGUUUUCCUUGGCCAGAAAUGCUUCGUUGCGACCAGUACCCUCGAGAAGAUGUCUGUAUAGCAGGCACAUCACCAAAUGCCACUCAAGCCCCACGCCCUCGAAAGACAGAGAUGUGCCCACAAUGUGACAGCGAGAUUAAGGCCGACACCAUGUAUGAGCACAUGUGCGCCAGUGAAUUUGCUCUAAAAGUCACUGUCCGUGAAGUGAAGAAGGAAGGUGGAGAUAGGAAAUUGGUGCUCCGGAAAAAGAAAGCUUUGAAGAGAGGACCCAUCCACAAGAAGGACUGGGGUGAUCUUGUACUCUACCUGAAGAAUGGAGCUAAUUGUCCUUGUCAUCAGCUGGAGCAGUUGAAUGGACAAUUCCUGGCGCUCGGGCGAAAAGUGAAGACACAGUACAUCCUUACAGCCAUUCACAAGUGGGACAAGGCCAACAGAGAGUUCAACCGUUUCAUGCGCAAAGUCAAGAAAAGCAAAUGUCCCAAACCUCACUCAGUCUUUAUGUGAGAUUACUUUUUUUUUUUUUUUAUUGACAGUGCGGUAUAUCCCACUGCUGCCUCCAUGUCAGCUUGUGGAGCAAGUACACUGAGGCAGAAGAAGGCACCAAAAUGAUGUUGAGGAAAGCAAUCAUGAAUUUAGCAAAACUUCAGAAGGGAGCAAACUGAGGGACUGUCGGGAAUGAGCAAUAGACAGCUGCACAACAGGCAAUGACUGAGAAUAUUAUUAAUAAUGCAGUCAUGCAAACAAUAAUUCAUUCACUUAGUGUCCAAGAUUCUAGAGUCUGGCCAUUUCUCUUCAUGCUUAUUCAUAACGUAAGACAGCAUUUCACCAUAUUCAAUCUUUGAAUUGACCAUUUGCUUAGCAAACUUAGCAAUACAACUGUAAAAGGCUCUG